UUUUUGACCAGAGAAAAAGGCACGAGAUUUCCCCACCGCACCCUGGUCUUGAAGUGUGCCGCCGCGCGCCUAACAACGGGAGCCAAAACCCGGCCGUGGCAUCAAAGUUGCGAUUUUGGGGUGGCUUUUACUGUCCAAGCUCCAUCUCUUUUACCAGUUGCCUUUCAUAGCUUAACUAACGAAUCUCAAGCGAGCUCCGGCGCCAAAGGGGCAGACGGAAAGACAAAAAGGCGCGACCCACUGCCUGCCAGACUCUUCUUUUCUCUUCCAAUCACAUAAAGACGCAGUACCCAUUUCCUCCUUUUCUUUUCUUCUCUUUUUUUGCUCACUGCUUCUUUCCUUUUCCCUUUUUUCUACCUUCCUUUGCUGUUAAAACACAACCUUUCUCCACCAUCGUCUGGUUCUGGGUUUUGGGUGGAACUUGAAUGAACUUGAGUUUGUAGUUCACAAACAUGAAAUUGGAAGAACAGGAUACUGGUAAUGGGAAAAAGAGUGAUACAUUUGAAGAAAAUGGCUUCAUGAAUACAAUGCAGCCUUCUCUAAUCAGCAUAACCAGUGGACAAAAGAAUCUUGAAGGGAACGGUAAUCUGUCCUAUGCAAAUAUUCUUCGCUCCAGGAAUAAAUUUGUGGAGGCUCUUGCUAUUUAUGAUAAAAUACUGGAGGAGGAUAGUGAAAACGUUGAAGCUCACAUUGGCAAAGGAAUUUGUCUUCAAAUGCAAAACAUGGGAAGACUUUCUUUUGAGAGCUUUACACAAGCAACUAAACUUGAUCCACAAAAUGCUUGUGCUCUCACAUAUUGUGGCAUUUUGUUCAAAGAUGAGGGACGACUUAUGGAAGCUGCAGAGUCAUAUCAGAAGGCUCUAAAAGCAGACCCAACAUAUAAACUAGCUGCAGAAUGCCUUGCAGUUGUUUUGACUGACAUCGGGACCAGCCUAAAACUUGCUGGAAGCACUCAAGAGGGAAUACUAAAAUACUAUGAAGCUAUCAAAAUAGACGUUCAUUAUGCUCCUGCAUAUUAUAAUCUUGGUGUUGUUUACUCUGAAAUGAUGCAAUUUGACAUGGCUCUUAGUUGCUAUGAGAAGGCUGCAUUGGAGAGACCCAUGUAUGCUGAAGCUUUUUGUAAUAUGGGUGUCAUAUAUAAGAAUCGUGGAGACUUGGAAUCAGCUAUAGCCUGCUAUGAGAGGUGUUUGGCUGUAUCUCCAAACUUUGAGAUCGCAAAGAAUAAUAUGGCGAUCGCAUUGACAGAUGUAGGCACAAAGGUUAAGUUGGAGGGGGACAUCAAUCAAGGGGUGGUAUACUACAAAAAGGCUCUUUAUUACAAUUGGCAUUAUGCAGAUGCUAUGUAUAAUUUGGGUGUUGCAUAUGGAGAGCUGUUAAAUUUUGACAUGGCAAUUGUUUUUUAUGAACUAGCAUUCCAUUUCAAUCCUCUUUGUGCGGAAGCAUGCAACAAUUUAGGAGUGAUAUACAAGGACCGUGAUAAUCUUGACAAAGCUGUGGAAUGUUACCAGCUCGCAUUGUCUAUCAAACCAAAUUUCUCGCAGUCCUUGAAUAAUCUUGGUGUUGUCUUCACAGUUCAGGGUAAAAUGGAUGAUGCUGCAAACAUGAUUCAGAAGGCAAUAAUUGCCAAUCCUACAUAUGGUGAAGCAUACAAUAACCUAGGGGUUCUUUACAGAGAUGCUGGCAACAUAAGUCUGUCUGUUGAAGCCUAUGAGCAGUGCCUUAAAAUAGACCCUGACUCGCGAAAUGCUGGCCAGAAUCGGUUACUUGCAAUGAACUACAUAAACGAGGGAACUGAUGAUAUGCUAUUUAAGGCUCACAGUGAUUGGGGAAAACGUUUUAUGAGGCUAUACCAGCAAUAUACCACAUGGGAUAACUCAAAAGAGUCAGAGAGACCUCUCGUUAUUGGAUAUGUGUCGCCUGAUUAUUUUACGCAUUCUGUCUCCUAUUUUAUUGAAGCACCCCUAGCUCACCAUGACUAUGUGAAUUACAAGGUGAUCGUUUAUUCUGCUGUUGUGAAGGGUGAUGCAAAAACAAACAGAUUUCGAGACAAGGUCCUAAAAAAAGGUGGAAUUUGGAGAGAGAUCUAUGGAAUUGAUGAGAAGAAGCUAGCUAGCAUGGUUCGAGAAGAUAAGAUUGAUAUCUUGGUUGAACUUACUGGUCAUACAGCAAAUAACAAGUUGGGAAUGAUGGCUUGCCGUCCUGCACCUGUUCAGGUUACUUGGAUUGGCUAUCCGAAUACUACUGGUUUGCCUACAAUUGAUUAUAGAAUUACUGAUUCCUUUGUUGACCCGCUUCAUACAAGACAGAAGAAUAUUGAGGAAUUAAUUCGGUUACCUGAAUGCUUUCUUUGUUAUACACCAUCCCCUGAAGCCGGGCCUGUAUGUGCAACACCAGCUUUAUCCAAUGGUUUUGUAACUUUUGGUAGCUUUAACAACCUGGCAAAGAUGACACCCAAAGUGCUGGAAGUUUGGGCAAAGAUUCUCUGUGCGAUUCCAAAUUCUCGACUUAUUGUCAAGUGCAAGCCUUUCUGCUGUGACAGUGUAAGACAGAGAUUUUUAUCAACACUGCAGCAGUUGGGUCUUGAAUCUUCACGUGUUGAUCUUCUGCCUUUAAUUCUUCUCAAUCAUGAUCAUAUGCAAGCAUAUGCUCUUAUGGAUAUCAGCUUGGAUACAUUUCCAUAUGCUGGAACAACUACUACCUGUGAAUCUUUAUACAUGGGAGUUCCAUGUGUAACAAUGAAAGGCUCAGUCCAUGCUCAUAAUGUUGGUGUCUCUCUUCUGAAUACAGUUGGUUUAGGCCAUUUAGUUGCCAAGACUGAAGACGAAUACAUCCAAUUGUCAGUUAAAUUGGCCUCUGACAUAACCGCUCUUGCAAAGCUUAGAAUGAGCUUGAGAGAUCUCAUGUCCAAUUCUCCACUUUGCAAUGGGCCAAAGUUCAUCCUUGGCGUCGAAUCUGUGUAUCGCAGUAUGUGGAGAAGAUACUGCAAAGGGGAUGUCCCUUCACUAAAGCGAAUGAGUAGUGGUAAUCCAGAAAUAAGUGAAAGUAAUUUGGCAGUUAAUCCAACAAAAGGAUCUUUCAGGACAAAUGGGUGUGAUUUAGGACUUUUGCCCCUCUCAAAUAUUCCUUACGAUACAACCACAACCACCCAACUGUCUCAAAACUGAAGAUUUUGGUCAAAAAUAUGUCAGAGUCGGCUUGUGAUCUAUAGUUUAAAGCGGGGCUAGGUUCGAUAAAUCUGAAGCAGCCCGAGCCUGAGUUGUUACAUUGAAGCGAAUCGAUUGGGUAUAGAGGAAGUAAGUGUGGUGCGAUGAAAUUGUGAUUUGGUUUACCUAGUACUAGUAGUCAUGAUUUGUAAAAUAGAAUGAGUGGUAGCCAUUUCUGCCUUUAGGGAGAUUUAGAUAUAUAUAAAUAUAUAGGGAAAGCUAUUUUGACUGAUUUCAGGGCUAAGCUGCCUGGCUCAUAGGGUUCAUUUCACUUCAAUUUUAACAUUUUUUUUUGGCUCUUUUUAAUUAAUUAAAUGACUUAAAAAGUAUUUUUUC